AUGUCGCUCAUCCGUGCCUCAAGUUUGCCAGAAGAGAAGCACUGCGAUCGACAAAUUAAGCUGCAGGCAGACGUCGGAUCGGCCGCAUCAGGGCCAGACGGAGGACCAGAUUCCGCGCGAGACGGCCUUCCCAGUCAUGCAUUGAACCGCGCGGGGAUUCAGACCCAGGCCCGAGUCAAGAGUGCCAGCGAACGGAAAAUGGCACUCUGGAAGCGAAUCUUGCAAAGGUCGGCGGUGAUUGGUGGAAAAGUCGAACUACGUGAGCCAACGUGGAGGGGCCGGGCGCUGAUUACAUGGACCACUUUAGCACGUAGCAAGUUCGUUCGCUGGCUCGCUUGCUCCAUCGAUCGAUGCCGGACCAGCCACAAAAAGCGCUCUGCCGCCAGACGCGACUCGCAAACAGGACGCCUACAAAGCGACCGAUGAUGCCCUAGACCAAUUGUACCAAUGGGCCAGACCCCUAAGUUUGGACACUUUCCCGGAGCGCUAAAUCGCUCAGCGACUGAGCGCCGAACGGGACAUGGCGGUGGACGC